AUGUCACUCCGCACCACAGCGGCAAACCGCUUCGACAAUUUUAAUAUAUACACAACUUCAUACAAGAAGAUUGGCGAUCAUGAAAUAGAAGUCAACGUUCUUGUCCCUAAAGAGAUUACGCCAGGAAAACGUCCAGUAAUGAUCAAAUGGCAUGGCGGCGGCCUGACCGCAGGCACAGCAGUCUACGCCCCCUGGUUCGCUGGCUACCUCGUCCCCUUCCUUCUCCGCAACAAUGCCAUCGCCAUCCUCCCAAACUAUCGCCUGGUCCCCGAGCACACCGGUGACGACAUAUUAGAAGACAUCCGCGAUUUCAAUACCUGGCUUACGUCUUCGCUCCCCACGUACCUUGCAUCCAAGGCACCCUCAAUCGAGCCCGACCUCUCCAGUAUCCUUAUUUCUGGAGAAUCUGCGGGCGCCUGGCCCGCACUGCAGUCUGUUCUUGAACUGCCUCGAUCCACAUAUAAAGCCUGCCUCCUCGCGUACCCGGUGCUGAGCACGAUCCCCACCCACCCAGACGACAUUAUCAUGGGUGAAUCCAUCCCAUCGAACGAAGUCCUAGAAGACUUCCUUGCCGGCAUCAUCCCUGGGACUAUCAUCAGCGCUGCCCGACCGCCCGCUCGUGACGCUGUUGCGCCCAUGCUACGCGCUCACGGGCGCUGGGGCGAGUUCUUCGGCACGGGAAAACAUCUCAUGCCUGAUACGCGAAUUGAGGAUGCGAAGUUCUUUGUGCCGACGUACAUCUUGCAUGGGAGAGACGAUACCAACGUGCCGGUGACGGAGACAGAGAGGUUUGUGCAGAGGGCGAGGGAGCUGUUUCCCAAGGUGCGGUUUGAAUUGGAGACGCCGCCGGGGGGAUCAUGGGUUUGA